AUGCUCGCCAAGACAUUCCUGUUGCUGGCCUCCCUGGCUCUCGUCUCCGCCGCCCCGGCCAAGAGACAAUCCGGCUGCGUCUCCAAACCUACGGCUCCGACCCUCCCCGUCAACGGCAAUGGCGUCGAACUCCCCUCCCCGGCAGCAGACCUGGUCCUCAAGCACAUCGCCCUAGGCCACGGCAUCCAAAACUACACCUGCACCUCCGUCAACGCAACCGCCAUCACCGCAACGGCAACCGGCGCCCUUGCAGGCCUCUACGACGCUCAACCCCUCUACCCCGCCACCGGUCCCGCAUCCCUCGCCUCCGUCGACAUCUUCAACGGCCUCACCACAAACGCAGUCUGGUCCACCCCUCUCCCCCUCACCUCCGACGGCACCUCCAAAUUCGGCGCCUCCGCCACCUCGCCCUUCCCGGCCAAAGCCGACCUCGUCAUGCCCGGCAUCGCGCCCAUGAAGCAGCUCGGCGUCCACUUCUUCGACAACACGGGCGUGCCCACCUUCCAGGUCGGCGAGGACUUGUUCAGGGGCGCAAAGCUCAACGGCACAAAGGCCCCGGCCUCCGCUGACGUCGGCCCGGAGAAGUCUGGCUCCGUCGACUGGCUUUUGCUUGGCGACAAGGGCGGCAGCAAGGGUGUCACUGCCGUCUACCGCGUCGUCACUGCCGGCGGCGUCGCGCACCAGUGUACCACCCCCGGUGCCACCGAUAGCGUUCCGUACGCGGCGUACUACUGGUUCUACGGUCCCAAGGCAUGA